AUGUCUGCCGAACAACGGGUACCUGCCUGGAAGAGGCUGGGUCUUAGUCUGACGAACGCCAAAGACACCGCCCCGACCCCCGCUUCUUCUGCUACUUCAACCAAACGUUCGAGAGAUGAUGCCGACACUCCCAAAGGUUCUAAGAAGCAGAGACUCGAUCAGAAUGGAGCCAAUGUAUCUAGCCCUGCUCAGAAGCAGUCACAGCCCUCGUCAGUAGCUCCGAUAUCCAGUCCAAUGCCCUCGAGAUUGCGGGCCUCGCCUGAGAAGUCGAUUCUAGCUACACCCAACAGCAAGCAAGGACGUCGCAAGUCCGUUGUCUUCUCGAACGAUACCAAACAACAAGACGGAGACAGCGCCCAGACCUACUUCCAAGCCUGGGCUGCCGACGAACUAGAUUACUACGCUCAAAAGGCUGCCGCUUACGACGCCGCCGAAGCAGCAAAGGCUACAGGAACCAACAAGCCUCAGGACCCUACAAAGACCGAGUCAUCUCAGCCUGAAAGUGCGCCGGAAGCCGAUUCGACUUCUGAGAAGGAAGAGAAGAGCCCAAUCAAGCAAGACAAGAAGAAGUCAAAGGCCGAAAAGAAAGAAGCGAAGAAGGAGAAGAAGCAAGAACAAUCAACAGAAACAAACGACCCUGCAGUCGUGAAGAAAGUCAAGGUUCGCACGCCAAAGGACAACGUCAACAAGCCAGUACCAGAGUACGUCCGCUACCUGGAACAAUAUCACACCGACCGACCCUCUUGGAAAUUCAACAAGUCCAAACAGAACGAUCUGCUCAAGAAUAUCUGGAACACCUACCGCGUCCCUGUAUCUUGCAACGAAGCUCUUGUGGAAUAUCUCGACGGUUUACAAGGAUCAGCCGCACGUCAGCGUUUGCGCCAGGCUGCUCAAUCCGCCAAUAUCGACAUAGUCUCCUUCAUUCGUUCUGAAAUUCCAGAAGUCAAGGACGAGCCCAUGGAGACUCUAGAGGCAAGACUAGCUGCUUACAGCAAGGCUGAGGAAAGGCAGAAGGAGAUCUUGCGCCAGAAUGGCAUCGACCCAGAUCCUCAGAAGACCAAGCUAUUACAAGAGCAGAGAGACUACGACGAGCGUGUGCAGACGGUUUACAGAAUCAUGAGCAAGGGCGAGCCUCAGUCAGCCGCCCGGGCAGCACCAGCCAUCAAGGAGGAAUCUAAGGUCGACACUGCUCGUUCGAUACGUAAGAAGAGAAAGUCAAGAACCGACGUCUCUGAUAGCGAAAGCAGCUCUAGCGAUAGUGAUAGCUCGAGCGACGACGACGACAGCGAUAGCGAUAGCGAUAGCGACAGUGCUGGCGAGAGCGAGAGCGAAAACGAGAAGCCUAUCAAAAAGGUCAAGGCCGAUAGCUCUGGCGAGGACGAGAAACCUGCCAAAAAGAAGGCCAAGACCGAGAAGGUCAAGACUGAGAAGGUCAAAAGUGAGAAGGCCAAGAUCGCAAAGCUCAAGGCUCAGCUUGCAAAGGCAAAGAUUGCAAAGCUUGAGGCCCAACUUGCGAAGGUCAAGGCCAAGGCUGGCUCGGACUCGGACAGCUCAGAUUCUAGUUCAGACUCAGAAAGCGAGGACUCAUCUUCCUCGUCUGAAGAGUCAGAAAGCGAUUCAGACAGUGAUUGA